CGUGCAAGUUUUCUUUUUUGUUUGUGACAUUGGAGGUUGGGAAGCGUGUAUUAAUGUAAGACGGCUCUGUUAUCCGCUGGUUAUGUUUCGGCGGUCCUUGGUUGGUACUGGACUGUUGGGCUGUGCUGUUAGGCGUGUGCCAGUCUAGCAAGUCCAAUUAGUAGCUGCUUGCCUUUCUUUGUUAUCACAUUCCCCUUUUUUCAUCUCCCGCCCCCGUACGUUAUCGACAAGAGUGCAGUGCUCUGUGUUACAACAAAAAAUAUAUAGGACAAUCGGAAAAUGCGAUUAAUCUCCGGUUUAAGUUAACCCCGUGAUUUAAUAAAUUAAGUGCGAAGAAUUCUGCUGUCAUACAUUUUGCUACAGACACACAUGAUGCAUGUCAGUUAUCAUUAUACAAUAUAGCAUGCAAAGUUACUUCGAGAGUGAACAAAGUGAAUCGACUGUAAUUGUGAUGUUGAACAACAGAAAAUAAACAAACCCAACCAAUGAAUUUAUAUUUGUAAGGUGUGCAAAACAUUAUUUUAUAUAGCCGGUGUUGUAACAUUCAUGUUUAUCCAUUUCAGUAACUUAAAGAUACGAUGAGCUGAUCGAUGAUUACUGUUUCAUUCAAUUCAGUGGGAUGAACAAGGAUGAAAUUAUGCCCUCUGUGGUCAAACCUACUUUCAGAUAGCAUAAGUGUGAUAAGAAAUACUAGGGUAUGCAUUUCGCUGUGAACUGUAAACAGAACAGGAAUUAACGAUGAAUAUUUUUUAAAUAUUUGUGUACCAACGAGCCUAUAAACAGUGUCUUAAUAUAUCGAGUGAUAAUCUAGCCGUUAAAACAAAAUUGGACAUUCUUAAUUGUGUUUACGUUACUGAAUGGUUUGAAAUUCACAAAGAAAUCGUUUGUAACUGAAUUCGUAAUGCAGCUGCUACAAGUGAACGAAGUCUGAAAUACUGCCCACAGCGUAGUUGCAAGAUAAGAUUAUUUGUCCAUCUCCUCUCUCCUCCGCAUAUCAUGCAGUCGUGGUUUACUCUGGCGUAUGAUACGUUUCUUGGUCAGCGUGUGUGUGUGUGUCUAAGCGUGUGGGUUUACACGGGUGGUACGAACGGACUAGUGUAUUCGUGUUCCUAGAUACCCAGUUUGACGACUUAAUCAGUGGACACUGAAUUUGUCAAACGGAUGAGAUUUGAAAUUACUUUUGCGAUUUGAACGCAGGAAGGUUGUAUUAAAUUCUCUCAAUUUUGUUUUGGAAAGACCGUGAUUUGGCACUUGUUCAAGUGCUGUCUCGUGUUCAUAAUUUAUUUCUCUUGUAACCACGGGUUUAAAACAGGCAGUCAAAGUGUCGUCGUGCACAGCAUUAAUGUUCUGCUUCUCAAGCCCGUUCGGUCGCCGAGACCGGAGCCAGUUUCAGGCACCGGCAUCGACGACCGACACUACGGGAACUGGAGACCUUCCCACAGCGGUCGUCACGGUGGAAAGCGCAACAAACAACAAUGAUAACACCAAGGACGAUGAAUCAUGUCCUCUCCAAGAAGAUGUGGGGACGGAUGUUCGGAAAGUACAGUCUUCCAGUCGGUGGAAGAAAGGUAAAAGGAAUUCCUGGUGUGUGACAGGUGUUUGUCAGCCUAUGUCUGAUAGUACGAGGAACUGUGAUGACGUAAGCACAAGUUCAAAUAGUAGUACAAAUAAUUCUAGAAUCAGCAGUUUGAACAGACACAUUGGUAGUAGUGCACCGCCAACAGCCCUACCCAUGAAUUUAGUAGUGAAUAAAACAGAACCAGAUGUGGCUAUUGGAACCAAUCGCCCGUAUCAAAACAAUAGCAAGAACACGAAUCACCACAGUCAAUUAUCUAUAAGUGGUUCUACCUCCAGUUCAUCCGAAAACACGUCAACAGUGGCCCCACCUUUAUCAUCAUUAUCAAUUUCACCAGCUUCAUCUAUACGACAGAGUUCCGUGGAGUCAUCAUCCAGCACCAGUAGUAGUGGGAGCAGCUUUGCUCUAUCGGACAGUGUGGUGCCCUCGCCAAUAUCUCCUACCGUAGUGACCACUAUAGCACCAGUGCAGCAAACUACUUUACCGACUUCUCUACUGCAGACCACUUCUUUACCAAUAUAUCUCGGCAGUGGAGGAACAUUACCCGCCAUGGGUUCAGGUCCCAGGUUCAAACCUUUGCAUGAAGGGGAUAUACAAGUGUGUUACUUGAACCACACGCGCACUGUCGUCAGUAAAAUCCUCAGUUCCAAGUUCCUGAGGCGAUGGGAGUCGCACCAUCUUUAUCUCAACGAUUCCUGCAUCUCCUCGAAAACGCCCACCGGCUUCAUGUACACGUCAGUCCCGUAUUCAUUCAUGGAGGAGGUGUAUGUGGUGGCCCGCUGGGAUGUGGGCUACAAUUUCUGCAUCCGCAUCGUCGUCUCGGACGGCUCUCUGCUGCUGCAGGCAAACAACGCCUACACGCGCGACCAGUGGUUCCAUUCCAUCAUCUGGAAGAAAAACAUAUUCAAGUACCGCAGCAUCCUAAAGCGGUCGACGAGGCCAGAAGUAAUACUGAAAGAACUGAAGAGUCUCGUGGAUUUUGCCACUGCUACACCGCUUCAAGAUGAAUGCGUAACACAUGUUCCUAUAGAGAUUGUCUCCGAACUUCUAGUCGAGGAGGGCCUGUGGUCCAGUCGGGCCAGCAGUGAGGAGCUUAUCACCAUGAUUGCACCUCUGCUGGACAACAACCCUCCCACCCCAGAGAUGUGCCAUUUCUUCUCCAAUCACUGUGUGUUACAUCCUCGCUCUCCCAUCGUGGCCGACAAGUUGACUCCUAUAGCAUAUCGAAUCCUCAAACGCAGUGUGGACUUUAGUAAAUCACAGCAUAUGCGACAUUUUGUGCAGGAUUAUAUUCGGGCUCUAUAUUCUCAAAAUGCAGGAGAAGUUGUCAUUAAAAAAUUUGUCUCAAGUGUCCAUGGUCCUGGCAGUGGGUGCCCACAUCCCCGUGUUCUGCCAAAUCUUGUGGCUGUGUGCCUGGCUGCCAUAUUUUCCAACUUUGAGGAGCGGCGUAUGUUAGCAAGACUAAAUGAAACACCCAACUCAGAGAAAGACUUGAGCGAAGGAACAGAGGAAACAACCCAUGAAAAAGAACUUCAGUGUUAUGUUACAGUGUUACUGUUUGUUUCUGAAUAUGAUGACUGGAGACCUGUAUUGGCACAACUUCUGCAGCCCAUCCCAUUUCCUACUGAUGCUCUUGCUCAUGAACCAUUCAUUAGGAGUUUCCGACCUGUGAUCGAGUGUAUUGGAACUGAUGCAAGAUGCUCAUCACAUCAAAUGGUGCAGGCUGUCCGCAAAGGGAAGGAAGGCUGGUUCCAUGUCUACUGUCCAUCAAGUCCUGUCUGUACUGAUGAUGGUCAAACCUGGGGAUAUAUGCUGAAGACACUAUUGCAUUGUUGUUGUCGCUGCAAGUGGUUCUUGUCACAGCUGACAAAGAAACAGCUUGGAGCUUGUCUGUUGCUUGCACUGCGGGGUCAUUCAGCUGCCCAGGAGGCACUCUGCCUCAUGUUGGAGUGGGAACUUAUAGAGCAAGAGGAUCAGAAAAUGCAGCUUGUUUCCACACUACAGAGCACAGCCUCGGGUCGCGAUAAUUAUGCAGCUCUCUGUCAGAGACAGUUGCACCUUCGUGAACUGCAACAAAAAGGAGGACCUCGAAAGUUGACAUUGCCAAGCCGAUCAACGGAUGCUGACAUUGCUCGGCUGCUGAGUUGUGGUUCAUUCGGCAACCUUGAAGUCCUUAGCCUUGCUUUCACACAUGUGACAAGUGCUUGUGCUGAACAGCUUAUAAAGUUACCAUCCCUCAAGUAUCUGAAUCUGUGGGCUACACAGUUUAGUGAUACUGGCCUGUUGAUGAUUUCUGAACACCUGCAUAAUCUACAAGUCUUGAAUUUGUGUGAAACUCCAGUUUCUGAUAAGGGAAUUACAGCUUUAUCUUCCAUGACAAACCUGCGUAAGUUAAACUUGAACAGCACCAAAUUAUCAGCACAAACAUUUGAAGUUCUGAAACAAAAAUUACCAGCACUACAGGAAUUUGAUGUUCGCUAUACAGAAGCAUGGUAAGUUGCAAGAAUAUCACCAGAAACGAAGAAGUUUGUGUUAUUACUGCAACAAAACUGUGUUCAAGAUUCUAGUGUAAGGUUACAUUUUGAUAUAAGUUCAUGAUAUUCAUGCAUAUGCCAUGUGUAUGUUUAAUCUCACUGAUACACCAGAGGACAGCAGGAAGUAACUACAGUACAGUAACACACUGCAUUCAUAUUGUAAGGCAAGUGGUUCUCUAGAUAAAUUGCACAUGUGAUAAUAACAUUUAAAAUUUGAAUAUAAUAAUAAUAUAAUAGUGUAAACACUAUGAUUAGGUUACUCCUUAAUACCAGAUUUACAAGGGCACAUAUCUUUGUACGGAUAAAUUAUUUAUUCAUCACAUAGGAACUUUUGAACAUGAUGAACAUUGUGAUGUACGUUUGUCCAGAGGCGGCUGUCCAAAUAUGAAUAAUAUCAGAAUGCACAAAACAUGCUGAAGAGAUGUCUGAUUCCUGUGUGAAGUAUUUCUGCUAUGAGGUGUGUUGAUCUCAGAAUGUUAAUAAACUAGCCCAAAGUGUUACUGUUUGAAAGGAUGUGUGUGUAACCAUAAAACCACAAAUAGAAAUAAUUUUAGAAUGGAUAAGUGUUUCUUUUAGUAUAUUUCAGAAUAGUUUAUUCAGAUUAAUCUGAUAUAGAAAUUCUAAAUUUAUUUUCUAUUACCAGUUACAUAUAACAUUGCUGAAGAAUCCUACAUUUCUCAUAAAAAUGGAGAUUAAUAUGUAGGUUUGCCCAGUUUAUGAAUAUUUACAUUGUUGAUUCUAUUUCACCACAUGACAAACCUCAACAUACAAACUUGUCUGAGUUUCAGUUCUUCAAAUUUUAUUAGUUUUCAGUGUUGGGCGAAAAUAGAAGAAAAACUAAAGAGGCCUGUGUGAAGUUUGUAAUUGUGCUUGAUUUUAAUGGAAGAAGUUUUUGACUAUAUGAUUAGAACUGUUUGUGGUUUUAUGGUAAAUUAAACAAGAUACCAUCAAUAACGUCAGUGAAGGGACAGUUUACAUACUAUAAAGGAAGCAAGAACUUUUUAUGGGUUUGUGAGUUAAUAGUUCUAUUAUUUUCUGUUUCUUAGUUGAAAUUCUUUUUGCAUACCAGUCACAUAUUUCCAAACAAGUUAAUUUGUAUCAUGUAAACUACAUAAUUAUUCAGGAAACACAAUUUUGACAUUUCCACCCAUUGCUUGGUUUUAUUAUGUUGCUGAUAAUUGACCUAAGUGAAUAUUGCAGUUAUUUGUUAUAUUAGUGUACCAUUUUUCCUGCAUACAUGUGCUCAAUUUAUAUAAGUCAAUUUCGUAAUAUAUUCAAGCAGAUUUGAAUAGAACUAAAUUCUAGGAUAAAAGGCUUGUGAAACAGCAUGGAGUUAGGGAAAUGGGGUUAUAAGCAAAGUAAUAAAACAGUACUACGUGUUUGGCCACGAGCACUUUUAAUUCAGGGCAAAUGACGACUGUGAAAUGUUGAAAAAAUUUCCACUGGGAUGUAGUGUGAUCUUGUUCCGUUAUUUAACAAACAGUAUCAAGAGUCUUAUUCAUGGAAGCAUGGUUGAAAAUUACAAACUUUAUUAUACAAUUGCAUUUAAGCCUUAAUUUUGAAGACUAUGGCCACAAUUUUAUCCCAUUGUUUUUAAUGAGUUGCAUGGUAUUACUUAUUAAAUGAUGUUCUAUGAUAUACUUGUAAUUGUAAUUUUAGUCAUUAUUGUUUUCUUUGUACCAUUAUUUUAUAUUAUAUAAAGCUAUCAUAUAAACUACAUAUGAAAAUUAUAUUUAAUAUGGUCCAGCUUUGCCACAUUUAUUUCAGUUGUAUUAAUGAUGAAUUAUACAAUACUUAUGUAUAUGAAUAUUACUAUUUUCUUAUGUUUAUUAUUAAUUACUAUACUUAAAUUUCCAAUAGACAAUUGUAACAUUACUAUUGAAUGUGAGGCUGUACAGUGUAUACUGAAGAUAUAUUAUUUAAAUGUUUAUUUAUUGAAUGCAUGUUCUUAAAGAAGGACUGAGAUAUGUCCUCUUCCUUGAAGACUGUUUGUUGUCUUGUCAAUUCUUACCAGUGAAUAAAAUUAUUUUAAAGCUUGAA